UGGUUCAAAUAGAUUCAAUUUGGAUCCCCAUUGGAGGAUUCGAAUGUCGUCAAGUCACCCCUGGUGAAAAGAUCACAAUCAUCAUGCGGCUCCUCAGCGUCGUCGCCGCGUUGUGGGCUGUGAUGCAGGUUGACGGCCAAGGUAGCAUCGACACUUGGAGGCACAUACCUGCCAUGUUUAGCCAGGGAGUGCAAGUGACUUCUCAUACAGUAUCCGAGCAUGUUCGUUCCAAGGUGGUCCCGGCGUCGUCGGUGAUUGACGUCUUUGCCUCCUCGUCGACGUGCUCUCUUGGUAGCACCUCGACUUGUCCACGUCCCAAUGCUCUCGCGUACGGAAACAUCCUCUACCACAUCGAGCCAAGCUCGAAAGAAGCUGCAGAAUCGGCGCUAGCCGCCGCACUUGCCCAUUUUCGCAUGUCCAGGCAGGACGUCACUCUCGAGGACGCCACCGUGCUGCAGCUCGACAUGUCACGCGACGGAGUCCAUCCCUGGGAAGUCGUCGCGUACAAUUACGUCAGCUCAGGGUCAUCUUCGAUACGUGUCCGCGUGAACCACGGCGUCAACUUCCACCUGACGUUCGUCACAUCGACCACUCGCCACCGCGCUGUCGUGCACCUCAACACGCUAGAACACUCGUAUGUGGUGCUGGAGCAUUCGCACUUUCCUGCCAUCCUCGUGUCUCCAUCGGCGCCACCUCCCGACGCCCCAUCGUCGUCCUUUGCCGAGCCCAAGAUUGCCACGUACAAUGUAUGGAACGUAAACCCCCCCGGCGUCGUGUAUGGCCACGCCAAUCGCUGGAGCAUGUACAGCCGGCGGAUGGACCAUUUGGUUGCGUUCGUCCGUCAAGUGGACGCCGAUAUCGUCGGGCUGCAAGAAGUUCGCGUGGACAACUCGUUUGGCCCUGUCGGCCACCACGCCCAGAUCCAGCACAUUAUGGACCGCCUUGGCACUGCGUACCAGUACGUGUACCGACCGGCCAUGGCAUACCCUAACGACCAAAACCCGAUGGAACAUGUCGAAGAGGGGCCGGCGAUCUUGUCCAAGCACCCGAUCCUGACCUCCGACUACGUCCUCCUCUCCCGCGUCGUGGACGACCCCAAUGAUUCCCAUCACCGACUGUGUCUGCAUGCAGCGGUGGACGUGCCGCACUGGGGCGUCAUCGAUGUGUACGUGACGCACCUGUCACUGAGCGAGCGGUCGCGGGAGCAGACGAUGGUCGAAGUGUGGGAGUUCAUGCAGCAAGGGAAGGGUGUGACUCAGGUGCUGCUGGGGGACCUGAACGCCGAGCCGCAGUCCCACGGCAUCCAGUUCCUCCAAGGCAAGAUGCCCCUCCACGGCCACACCACGGACCUCCGCGACGCGUGGCUGCAAGUCCAUCACGAAGAACCCGAGCCCAAAUCGAAAGACAAGGUGCAUGUCGAGCACGCGUUCACAUUUCCGAGUGAUGACCCCGUCAAGCGCAUCGACUUUGUGCUGUCGCGAGGCCAAGGCCAUGCUGUUUCAUGCGAUGUGUUUGGCCAGGCGCCGACGGCGGACUCGGCGCACUUUCCGAAAGACAACGGCAUGCUCAGCCAGGCUCAGGACAGUCCCGUGUACGCGUCCGACCACCGCGGCGUCGUCGCCACCUUUCGCGUGUAACGUAAAGGAUCUAUUUACGACGCAUCAAAUCGGGCAUCUCGCUUUGAUGGGCGAUAUCUCAGCAGCAAGGUAUCGGAUUCACGAUCUAACAAGUGCUGAGUGUAUGGGAGAUUCUGGUGAAUCCAGCCUGAUGUGUGGUGACUGACAUGUUCCUGGCAGAUGUAGUGUCUUAGAAUUCCAAUAACAAACCAAAAUUACCAAGA